AUGAAAAAAAUUAAAGAAGGCUUGCAGUUUAUAAGGACGGGAGAAUCUAUAAGAAAAGCAUCAACAAGAGUUAAUGUACCGUUUGCUACACUUAAAAGGUAUUAUUGGAAGGCUAACAACUGUGAGUUACUUGAUGAAUUGUUACCCUCGGAGUUAGAACCUAACUAUCCGGUCAAUAAAAUAUUCACCGAUAGCCAAGAGAUUGCACUUAAAAACUAUUACUCGCAUUGUGCUCUUUUGUUUUAUGGAUUGACCCCCAAAGAAAGUCGAAAAGUAGCAUAUCAGUGUGCUAAAAUUAAUAAUUUAAAAAUGCCUGCCUCUUGGGAGACGAAGCAAAUGGCUGGCAAGGAUUGGUUAAUUUCAUUAAGACGCAGACAUAAUCGCACAUUAAAAAAGCCUGAACCAUGCAGCCUCAGUAGGGCAACAGCUUUCAAUCAAAGCAAUGUCGGGAAAUUUUACGACAAUUUAGAAGAUCUUAUUUCACGAAACAGUGCUUUCUCUGAUGGAACCAGAAUAUUUAAUCUGGACGAAACAUCUACGACGACGAUACAAAAACCACAAAAAGUGCUAGCCCCAAUAGGUCGAAAAGUCAUUGGUAAGGUGACUAGCUGA